UCAGGAGCGAAACCUUUUGCAUGUGAAGCAUGUGGGAAGGCCUUCGAUCAAUCAUCACAUCUUAUUAUGCAUAGGAGAAUUCAUACAGGAGAGAAACCUCAUGAAUGUCAGACAUGUGGGAAGGCCUUUAUUCAGACCUCUAGUCUUAAUAGACCUAUGAAAAUGCAUAGUGGAGAGAAGCCUUAUAUAUGUCAGGAGUGUGCUAAUGCCUUUACUCGAUCCUCAGGCCUCAGUAUACAUAGAAGUAUUCACACUGGAGAGAAACCAUAUAUAUGUAAGGAAUGUGGGAAGGCCUUUUCGAAAGCCUCAAAUCUUAGUGAACAUAGGAGAAUUUACACAGGAGAAAAACCGUAUAUAUGUAAGAAAUGUGGGAAGGCCUUUGCGAAAGCCUCAAAUCUUAGUGUACAUAGGAGAAUUCACACUGGAGAGAAACCGUAUAUAUGUAAGGAGUGUGGAAAGGCCUUUGCUCAAUCCUCAAGACUUAGUGAACAUAGGAGAAUUCACACUGGAGUGAAACCGUAUAUAUGUAAGGAAUGUGGAAAGACCUUUGCUUUGGCCUCAAGACUUAGUGAACAUUGGAAAAUUCACACUGGAGAGAGACCCUAUGUUUGUCAGGAAUGUGGAAAGACCUUUAUUUUGACCUCAAAACUUAGUGUACAUAGGAGAAUUCACACUGGAGAGAAACCGUAUAUAUGUAAGGAAUGUGGGAAGUCCUUUGCUGAAGCCUCAAGCCUUCGUGUACAUGGGAGAAUUCACACUGGAGAGAAACCGUAUAUAUAUAAGGAAUGUGGGAAGUCCUUUACUGAAGCCUCAAACCUUAGUGUACAUAGGAGAAUUCACACUGGAGAGAAACCGUAUAUAUGUAAGGAAUGUGGGAAUGCCUUUGCUACAGCCUCGAGCCUUAAUGUACAUAGGAGAAUUCACACUGGAGAGAAACCGUAUAUAUGUAAGGAAUGUGGGAAGUCCUUUACUGAAGCCUCAAACUUUAGUGUACAUAGGAGAAUUCACACUGGAGAGAAACCGUAUAUAUGUAAGGAAUGUGGGAAUGCCUUUGCUACAGCCUCAAGCCUUAAUGUACAUAGGAGAAUUCACACUGGAGAGAAACCGUAUAUAUGUAAGGAAUGUGGAAAGGCCUUUGCUACAGCCUCAAGCCUUAAUGUACAUAGGAGAAUUCACACUGGAGAGAAACCGUAUAUAUGUAAUGAAUGUGGAAAGGCCUUUGUUUUGGCCUCAAGACUUAGUGUACAUAGGAGAAUUCACACUGGAGAGAAACCGUAUAUAUGUAAGGAAUGUGGGAAGGCCUUUGCUCAAUUCUCAAGCCUUACUAUACAUAGGAGAAUUCACACUGGAGAGAAACCGUAUAUAUGUAAGGAAUGUGAGAAGGCCUUUGCUCAAUCCUCAAGACUUAGUGAACAUAGGAGAAUUCACACUGGAGUGAAACCGUAUAUAUGUAAGGAAUGUGGAAAGACCUUUGCUUUGGCCUCAAGACUUAGUGAACAUUGGAAAAUUCACACUGGAGAGAGACCCUAUGUUUGUCAGGAAUGUGGAAAGACCUUUAUUUUGGGCUCAAAACUUAGUGUACAUAGGAGAAUUCACACUGGAGAGAAACCGUAUAUAUGUAAGGAAUGUGGGAAGUCCUUUGCUGAAGCCUCAAGCCUUCGUGUACAUAGGAGAAUUCACACUGGAGAUAAACCAUAA